UCAUCGUCUGACUGUCUUCACAAUAUAAAUCACCACAGCAGGAUUUGUGCAGAAUGGGCAAGGGCAGAAUUCACUACUGCUCACAGUGUGAGAAGAGUUUUGGCAGGCUGAGUAAUCUCAAACAACACAUGCACAUUCACACAGGAGAGAGGCCAUAUUGCUGUUCACAUUGUGGGAAGAGUUUUAGAAGUUCAAGUGCUUUAAAAACUCACCAACGCAUUCACACAGGAGAGAAGCCAUAUCAGUGUUCAAACUGUGGGAAGAAUUUUGCACGUUCAGGUGUUUUAAAAAAUCACCAGCGCAUUCACACAGGAGAGAAGCCAUAUCAGUGCUCACACUGUGGAAAGAGUUUUAUAUACUCAAACUCUUUAAAAUAUCACCAACGCAUUCACACAGGUGAAAAGCCGUAUCCCUGCACACUCUGUGGAAAGUCUUUUAUAGAUGGAAAUGCUUUAAAAACUCACCAACGCAUUCACACAGGAGAGAAGCCAUAUCAGUGUUCAGACUGUGGGAAGAAUUUUGCACGUUCAGGUGCUUUAAAAACUCACCAGCGCAUUCACACAGGAGAGAAGCCAUAUCAGUGCUCACAUUGUGCAAAGAGUUUUACACAUCCAAGUGCUUUAAACUCUCACCAGCGCAUUCACACAGGAGAGAAGCCAUACUACUGUUCAGACUGUGGAAAGAGUUUUACACAUUCACGUCAUGUGAUAACGCACCAGCUUAUUCACACAGGAGUGAAGCCAUAUUACUGCUCACAAUGUGAGAAGAGUUUUACCCGUUCAAGUGCUUUAAAAGCUCACCAGCGCAUUCACACUGGAGAGAAGCCAUAUGACUGCUCACACUGUGGGAAGAGUUUUACGUGUUCAAGUACUAUGAAAAAGCACCAUAUUCUCAAACAACACAUGCGCAUUCACACGGGAGAGAAACCAUUUUGCUGUUCACAAUGUGGAAAGAGUUUUGCGCAGCCAAGUAUUCUCAAACAACACAUGCACAUUCACACAGGAGUGAAGCCUCAUUGCUGCUCACACUGUGGAAAGAGUUUUAGGAACAAAUGUAAUGCAAAACUUCAUGAGUACAUUCACACAGGAGAGAAGCCGUAUCAUUGCUCACACUGUUGGAAGAGUUUUACACGGUCAGGUGCUUUAAAAACUCACCAGCGCAUUCACACAGGAGAGAAGCCAUAUUGCUGCUCACACUGUGGGAGGAGUUUUAGACAGUUGAGCACUUUUAAAAUUCACGAACGCAUUCACACAGGAGAGAAGCCAUAUUACUGCUCACACUGUGGAAAGAAUUUUGCACAUUCACAUAAUUUAAAAAAACACCAGGUCAUUCACACUAAAGAUAAGCCAUAUCAGUGUUCACACUGUGGGAAGAGUUUUACACAGCUAAGUUCUGUAAAAACUCACCAGCGCAUUCAUACAGGGGAGAAGCCAUAUUACUGUUCAUACUGUGGAAAGAGUUUUAGACGGACAUGUGAUUUAAAAACUCACCAUCGCAUUCACACAGGAGAGAAGCCAUAUCAAUGCUCACACUGUGGGAAGAGUUUUACACAGCUAAGUGCUUUAAAAACUCACCAGCGCAUUCACACAGGAGAGAAGCCAUAUCACUGCUCACACUGUGGGAAGAGUUUUAGACGGUCAGGUGCUUUAAAAACUCACCAGCUCAUUCACACAGGAGAGAAGCCAUAUCGCUGCUCACACUGUGGAAAGAGUUUUAGACGGUCACGUGAUUUAAAAAAUCACCAACGCUUGCACACAGGAGUGAAACCAUAUUACUGUACACACUGUGGGAAGACUUUUACCUGUUCAGGUGAUUUGAAAAAGCACCAGCUUAUUUACAAGAGGGAGAAAUGUAUUGCUGAUCACAAUGCGUGAAGUGUUGUACAGAUUUAAAUAAGUACAUUUACACAAAAUAAAGUAUGUUUUAAAAGGCAUCAGAAGAUUUAUAGAAAGGAGAACUCGUACUAUAUACACACAGUAUAUUUUUUUUAAUUCAUGCGCUGAAUCUGCAAUGAUAAUUGUAAAGACUUUCCAGUGCCUGAUAAGGAGUAGGAAGACAUGAUAGACUUAUUACUUGAUUUAGUGAAUCAAAUUUUAUUGUCUGCCAUGUUUACUGUUUUAAAUAACACAUGUAUUCACUUGUCCAGAAAAGUAUAUUUAAGAACAAAUUUAAUUUUUGUAUUUUACACUAAUAUUUUUUUCAUAAAAAAAAAACCCUUCUAUGUUACAACUCUCAAAGUACAGGUAUGAACUCACUAUUCAGUAUGUUCAGUGCAGGUUGGUUCAUUAUAGACUCCAGUCUAAGCCUUACUCUGUGCAGCCAAAACCUAGACUGGGCUGUAACAAUUUACCAUUGUAAAAGUGUUCUUCUGGCUGUGAAUGUGAUUAAAAUAAACUUUACAUUAUUGACUAAUCUUUUCUAUAUAAUUAUAUAGCUUAAUUUUCCAUUUUUUCUCUAUGAUUCAAGCCAAUACCUCCAUCUCUGCUAAGUUUGCUAUUUCUCAAAUGCCUUGCGGAAAGUCACCAGGUCCAGGUGGCCCCAUGACAGAGUUCUAUAAAUUCUUUUGGGCCGAUAUUAAAGAUCUUAUAUAUGAUGCUUUUAAGGAGUGUAUUAAUAAUUCUGUUUUGUCACCAACAAUGAAAAAAGGUAUAAUUAUGCUGAUACCCAAACCAAA